AUGUCUCCUUCAAAGACUGCAGCAUACGAAAUCAAAAUGUCAGACGAAAUUCCUUUCCAUAUCCAAGAAAAUAUCAUCAAAAGGCUUCCUGUCGUAUCAUUGCUUCAAUUCAGAUCCGUCUCGAAAGCAUGGAAGUCUUUGAUCGACUGCUCUAAGUUUAUUGCUGCUCACAGCGUUACUCAGGCGGAGCAUCUACUUUUAAGCUACGAAGAGCCGCCCCAGAUGCUUUUAAGCUACGAAGAUCCGGUAAAAAUUGAGAACAAAUAUGUUUUGCUUCUGGAUAAUGACAGUUUCCUUCAACAGAGGUUUGAUUAUACCCUUCCCUUGUCCAUUAAACUACUUAAAGAGUUAUGCAUAGUCGGUAGCUCUCUCGGAGUGUUGUGCUUUCAGUUUUAUUAUGAGGAGGAAGAGGAUUUUUGUACCAACUUGAAAAGAGAGAUGGUUCUUUGGAAUCCAUCGAUUAGAAAGUCAAUUGAUGUUCCUGUGCCUAAGAAGUUUAAUCCGUACCAUGAAAGUAAUCUUGGUUUUGGGGUUUGUCCUGUUACCUGCGACCCUAAGAUAGUUGAGAUCACACUAUUCCACAAACCUAGUUACCAUUGUGAAGCUAAAGUUUAUACUGUGAGCUCAAGAAAAUGGAGAAAUCUUACUAGCAAUCUUCCUAGUAAACCAUUUCGUGUCUUCUGGCCUCAUGUGGUUGUUGAUAGGUUUAUCUAUUGGUGUGCUUUUGACCCGAUGACUACAGAUAACGGGUUACUGAAUCAUAAUCUGAUUAUGUCAUUUGAUAUGACUAUUGAGAAUUUCGGAGUGGUAGACCUCCCAGAUAGUUUAAGGCGCCACCCUCCCCUUCAGCUGUGUAUUUCUAAGGUAAGGGAGUCUCUUGUCAUGCUUGAAUAUGAUAGCUAUGUGAAAGGUGCUUGUGGUGUAUGGGUGAUGGAGAAUGGUGUUGAGAAAUCAUUUACAAAGUUAUUCACUGUUGAUGCACCAUAUUGGUCAAGGACAAUAAAAACACUUGGAUUUAGGAAGAGUGGUGAACCUAUCAUGGAAGUGGAAUAUCGUUAUGAUGAUACUUCUGAACAGAGAGAACUUGUGGUCUAUGAGCCCAACUCAGGACGCUUCAAUGAUCUUGAGAUCUAUGGAACAACUGAAACAUUCGCUGUGAAUUCCUACAUGGAAACACUGGUAAUGCUUGAUCGGUCUGAUUGCAAUAUCGAGGCUGAAGUUGAUGGCUUUUAG